AUAAAACAGACCCACCCUCUUCUCGCCGCCAUAUUGAGCACAGCGCACCAGAGGAGGUUGAAGCGAAAAAACGACAUCAUGUCUGACGAAGGAAAGCUUUUUAUCGGAGGUCUGAGCUUCGACACCACGGAGCAGUCCCUGGAGGAUGCCUUUUCCAAAUAUGGCGUUAUCACCAAUGUGCAUGUGGCCAGAAACAGAGAAACGAACAGAUCGAGGGGCUUUGGCUUCGUCACAUUCGAGAACCCUGAAGAUGCAAAAGACGCCAUGGAGGGAAUGAAUGGAAAAUCUGUGGAUGGCAGGGCGAUCCGUGUGGAUGAGGCUGGGAAGGGAGGCGGUGGCCGCUCUGGAGGUGGUGGAUACAGAGGUGGCAGUGGAGGAGGAAGAGGGGGCGGAUACUUCCGUGGAGGUAGAGGAAGAGGUGGCGGCAGUUAUGGAAGCGGUGACCGUAGUUAUGGCGACGGUGAUCGUGGCUACCGUGGUGGCUACAAGAGUGGCGGUAGUGGAGGGUACAAUAGAGACAGGAGUUCCAGCUAUGGUGAUCGUGGAAGCUCCUACAGAGACAACUACGAUGGAUAUGCUGCACACGAAUAAGGCCCAAGAUCCAACUCUUCACUGGCUGUGUAUUCUAAAGACGUGCUCCUCAAGGAUCUGUUCAUUCAUGUAGUAGCUUUCUUUGUUUAAAAAAAAAAAAAAAAAAAAUCCAGGGGAAAUGUGGGGCAGGGAGUUGUUUAUAUUGGCUGUGAAAUGUUUCUCUGCUACCACAUUGGUUAUACUUUUUUGUUUUUGUUUUUUACUUUACUGAAUUAUGAGUCUCAUGUGAAUCUUAUUCCUCUUGGUCUGUUCUGACCAGAUGCCACAGUAUUGCUAACGAGUUGCAAAUUUUCCAUUUUAAUGGAGGUCCUUUAUUAUUUUAUAUUUUGGGGUGUCCUAUGUUUUAGUGAACAUCUACCUCUUAAAGGACCUUUUAAGCAGCUGUGGAAUUUUCUUAAAGGCUUAAAAAUUGUAGCAAUUCUCAAAUUGAUUACUUUAUUUCAAUCUUUCAAUUUAAAAUAAACAGCUAAUUUGAUUUAAAAAAAAAAAGUAGGAAAGCCUUUGUCCAUGUCAAGUAUCCAAAGAGUCAAUUCCUUGCAGACUUGUGAACACUGCUCGAGUGAGCUGGCCAGCACUGGCGCUGUUGAAGUGCAGCUUGCCAUGUUCACUCUCGCUCUUCCAGAGGUAUCUCUGCCCUGCUUGACUUUUGCAUUUUUAAAAACACGUGCUGUAAAGAUGGACCGACACUCCUAAACUGUAUAGUAAUCUAUAUGGAAGAUGAGUUAAUGUUGAGAUCUGUUACUACUAUUACUACCCCAAAUCUUUGGGGAUUAUGUGCUCUGUUCUUUGUACUGGCAUUGGAUCUAUUAUUUGUGUCCUUGGCUUCAUGGAGCCUAUUAAAUGAAACCGUUUGAAAAUCUAA